UCUCACCAACUCGUUGCCGCUUACAAAGUUCUUUAUCUCAAAUCAUACGUGGACAUAAUUAUUUGGAUAAAAAAUAGCUGCGAUUUCGUAAUUAGACUCAUGCAAAAUGGGCACUGCCACUCUGAAACGUGACGAAAUCCUCCUGCUCUUCGAUGUGGACGGCACUCUGACGAUGCCUCGAUCCACGGUGACCCCGGAGUUCGAGGAGUUCUUCUACUCGAAGGUUAAACCCAGGGCCACCAUCGGCAUUGUCGGAGGAUCCGACCUGGAGAAGAUGUUCGAGCAGCUGAACGGCCAGAAGAUCCUCAACGAGUUCGACUUUGUAUUCCCGGAGAAUGGGCUGGUGCAGAUUGAGGGCGGCAAGGAGGUGGGCAAGCAGAACAUCAUCAAGCAUCUGGGAGAGAAGACCCUGAAGCGCUUCAUCAACUUUGUCCUGCGAUACCUAUCCGAACUGGAUGUGCCCAUCAAGAGGGGAACUUUCAUCGAGUUCCGGAAUGGCAUGAUGAACGUGUGUCCCAUUGGACGCCAGUGUACCAGGGAGGAGCGCAAUAUGUUCGCUGCCUUCGACAUAGAGCACAAGGUGCGGGAACAAAUGAUCAGGGACCUCAAGAAGGAGUUUGCCGACGUGGAUCUCACGUACUCCAUUGGUGGUCAGAUCAGCUUCGAUGUCUUCCCCCAUGGUUGGGAUAAAACCUACUGCCUGCGACAUAUCGAAGCCCACUACAAGUUCAAGGAAAUCCACUUUUUCGGAGAUAAAACAGAGCCGGGCGGCAAUGAUUAUGAGAUUUAUAGCGAUCCCCGAACCAUCAGCCAUAGAGUAUACACUCCCAAGGAUACGGAACGCAUUCUCACUGAGAUUCUGGAGCUGUGAGACAACUGAGCUUACUCAACAUUCAAUAAUAUUCCAUUUUUUAUAUAUGUGUACGAUUGUUAACCAAAUUUAAUAUAUAGUCAUUUGAAGUUA